GUCCCAGUUCGCAGGCUGGUCAUGGGCCGUACGCGGUCGGUCGGUAAACUUGUCAUGGUCCGGGAGAGCCGAGGACGAGCGCCGGGUGGAGGCUGAGGGCUGGGAGGGACGCGGCGUGUGGCCUCUCGCACUGCGAAACCUGAGCCGCGGAUGCCCGGUUGCCGGGUGUGGAGCCACGGGCGAUCCGCUUUUUGAGCCUGGCCCCACUUUCGGUCGCUCUGGCCUCUGAGAGCAUGAAGUGACUCCUAGGUGCAAAAUAUACCAGUCGGGGGGAUCCAGGGCGGAAAAGAGAGUGACUAUGGCCAGCAUCACCCAGCUGUUCGAUGACCUCUGCGAGGCUCUCUUACCCGCUGCCCAGGCUUGCCCCGGCCAGCGCAGCGUGAACAGGAAGAGGGCGAAGCGGAGCCUUAAGAGGAUGGCCUACAAUGCCCUUUUCGCAAAUCUCUUUCAAGAGGACACCCAUCAGCGGCAGCCCGACUCGUCCAAGCUCCCCGUGAAAAACAAGAUCCUCAUGCUGUCCUUCGAUUUGAGGGUGGGGGGCUUGGGACCCGAGGCUGACCGUUUGGAGGAGCUCGUGGAGAAACUUGAAGCAGCCCCUGACUGCCCUUUUGUGGAGGUGCCAUCAGCGUUGGACCUCUUAGUUCAGCUGGCAGGAAGUGGCCCGCCUCAAGUGCUGCGCAGAAAACGGGAUUACUUCUUUAACAACAAGCACGCAGGCCGAAACGUACCCUACAGCGGCUACGAUUGCCAUGACUUGAGUGUGGUUGAAAUGGACGUUCGGUCAUUUAUCUCUGGGGAGGAGAAUUUGUGUCAUCACACGGUCCAGGAAGUGCUUCAGGUGAUGGAGGCUGCCCCAGGCACUGGCCUGCCCACCGUUGGACUCUUCUCAAUUGGUGACUCUUGUGGUGACAGGUUUGAGAGAGACACCAGGGUCUCCCUCUUUGGUGCACUUGUGCAUAGCCGCACCUAUGACAUGGAUGUGCGACUGGACCUGCCACCUGUACCAGACAGCGCCGACUUCUCUGGACUGGCCAUCAAGGUCCCACAGAUUGUGGAUCAGUGGGAAGAUGAAGGUUUCCAGUCAGCUUCCAAUUUAACCCCCGACUCCCAGUCUGAACCAAGCAUGACCCCGGAUUUGGACCUGUGGGAAGCUGUGCUCACAUACGAAGCCAGCAAACGGAGGUGCUGGGAGCGUAUUGGAUGCCCCCCUGGUCACCGAGAGGAGCCCUACCUCACUGAGGCAGGACGGGAUGCCUUUGACAGAUUCUGCAGGCUCCGUCAUGGAGAGCUACAGACCCUCAGUGGGGGCCUUCUACAGGCCCCGAAGCCUGUGCUGGUGGAGGAAAGCGAGCUGGUAAAAGACUCACUGAACGUUCUGCUGGGCGUUGUUUCUGCUACAUUUUCCCUGUGUCAGCCAACUCAAGCUUUUGUAGUGGAGCCGGGUGUGCACGUGUCAGGUGCAUCUCCUGAAAGCAUCAGCAGCAUCCUUUCAGAGGUGGCGGAGUAUGGAACCUGUUAUACGCGUCUGAGCCACUUCUCUCUACAACCUGUUGUAGGCUCCUUGUGCAGCAGGGGCCUUGUUUUCCAGGCCUUCACCAGCGGCCUAAGGAGGUACUUGCAGUAUUACCGCGCCUGUGUGCUCUCCACUCCACCCACCCUCAGUCUCCUCACUAUUGGCUUUCUCUUCAAGAAACUGGGCCGGCAGCUCAGGUACUUGGCUGAGCUUUGUGGUGUUGGCACUGUAUCCCUGGCGACCAGUGGAGAACCCAGGGCUGUGUUCCCCACUGGAGUGAAGCUUCUGUCCUACCUCUACCAGGAAGCACUGGAUAACUGCAGCAAUGAGCACUACCCCGUGUUGCUGUCCCUCCUGAAGACCAGCUGUGAGCCCUACACACGGUUCAUCCACGAUUGGGUGUACAGUGGAGUCUUCAGAGAUGUUUAUGGGGAGUUCAUGAUCCAAGUUAACCAUGAGUACCUCAGCUUCAGAGACAAGUUUUACUGGACCCAUGGCUACGUGCUCAUUUCCAAAGAGGUAGAGGACUGUGUUCCUGUAUUCUUGAAACACAUUGCUCAUGAUGUGUAUGUCUGUGGGAAGACCAUCAAUCUACUGAAGCUCUGCUGUCCCCGGCAUUACCUUUGUUGGUCUGAUGUCCCUGUCCCUCGGAUCUCGGUGAUUUUCUCUCUUGAGGAACUGAAGGAGAUUGAAAAGGACUGUGCUGUCUAUGUUGGGCGGAUGGAGAGAGUUGCACGUCAUAGCUGUAUCAGCAAGGAGGAAAAGGAAUUACGUAUGGAAAUUGCAAAACAAGAACUAAUUGUCCAUGCCCGGGAAGCUGCAUCCAGAGUCCUGAGUGAGCUGAGUGACCGGCAGAUGGCAGAACAGAUUGCUCUGGACACCCGGAAGCGAGAGCAGUUUCAGCGACUGAAGGAACAGUUUGUAAAGGAUCAGGAGCGACGCCUGGCAGCCAGACAAGAAGAGCUAGAUGAUGACUUCAGCUAUGCCCGUGAGCUCCGUGACCGGGAGAAGAGGCUAAAGGCCCUGGAGGAAGAGCUGGAGAGGAAGGCCAGGCAGGCGCUGGUUGACCAUUAUAGCAAGUUGUCGGCAGAGGCAGCUCGUCGAGAGCAGAAGGCUCUGUGGAGAAUCCAGAGGCAUCGGCUGGAAAGCGCACGACUCCGUUUUCUCCUAGAAGACCAGAAGUGCAUUCAGGAGAUGCUGAGAGGCAUGGAGGCUCAGCAGCCCCAGGAGCCACCGAGUGCUUUCCCAUCCACAGGCUCUCAGGUCACAUCUCCAGGUCCUGAGCACACAGGGGAAGGCCAUAGCUGUGAUCCGGGGUCCACAGAGCUGCAUUGGGAUUGUCUAAGCCUACCAUGUGCAUCGACACCAUCAGUCCCCAAGUCUGCCGCAGAGGGAGCUGAUGACUCUGGGGCUGGGCAGGCAGAGGGAGCUGGGCCAUUCUCAACUGGUCUCAGCAUCACAGACUUUCUGCCUGUGGGCUCUGGAGAGGAACAGCCUGUGGAGAACAUUGACGCUCCCUUCUUAGAGGUGGCUCUGCAGACCAUCUGCUCAGACCUAUCCCCUGUAACCUCUGGGCCGUUGGCACUCACAGCAGGUGGCCCCCAGCCUACCCAGUCAGAGUAUGAUUUCAAUACCAUUCUGAGGCCAGCUAUGGCUACCUCCCUCUUACCAGGACCCUUCCAGGAUGUUCAGAAUAGUGUGGACAGUGAAAAACAGCAUCUUCUGGGGAAUAUGCCCACAAAAGUAGAUUCUUGUAUCAAUGAUAUGCAAGAGACUUUGCCUUGCCCACAUCCACUCAGUCAUGCCACUCCUGUGGAGGGGAGCCUCCAGCCUGUGGGCCAGCUCCUUGAACAUAUGUCAGAGACUACUGUCCCUACAGAGAGCCAUGCUUCUGGGAUGGCUCCUUGCCAGCAACUUAGCAUUUCCAGACACGUGUCAGAUGCCAACAUCAAGUUGGGGGAUUAUAUGUCAGAUGUGGCUCUUCCUCGGCCACGGUGGAAUGUCCAUGGCCACGUGUCAGAGGCCAGCAUUGGAAUUGGGGAGAAUAUAGCCGAAGUGGCUCCUUCUCGGCCACGGUGGAAUGUCCACGGGCACGUGUCAGAGGCUAGCAUUACGAUAGGGGAGAAUAUGUCAGAUGUGACUCCUCAGCCACAGUGGAAUAUCCACGGGCAUGUGUCAGAUGCCAGCAUCAAGGUAGGGGAGAAUAUGUCAGACAUGACUCCUUCUCGGCCACGGUGGAAUGUCCACGGGCACGUGUCAGAUGCCAGCAUCAAGGUUGGGGAGAAUGUAUCAGACGUGACUCCUUCUCGGCCACGGUGGAAUGUCCACGGGCAUGUGUCAGAUGCCAGCAUCAAGGUUGGGGAGAAUGUAUCAGACGUGACUCCUCGGCCACGGUGGAAUGUCCACAGGCACGUGUCAGAGGCCAGCAUUAGGAUUGGGGAGAAUGCAUCAGAUGUGGAUCUUCAGCAGCGUGGAUGUGCUCAGCCUCCCUUGAUUCUGGAGGAGCCCUUGCCAGAAGCUGAGGCUGACCUCAAGCCCCAUCAGUGUCCCCCUGCUUAUGUGUCUGAGGCAGUGCUUGGUGUGGAAGCACAGAGCCCUGCUCUAGAAUGUGGGCCACAGCUACCUGAAGAAACGAAGCCUACAGAGGAAGGUAACCUACAGACCAAGAUCCUUGUGGCUGAGCCGAGCAUGCUGGGAAGUGGCAUCCUUGAAGAGAAAGGCCCAGGGAGGAGCAGGGAUGCUGAAGACCUUUCUCCAUGUUUGCCUUCAAGCUCACAGGAAGACACAGCUGUCCCCAGCAGCCCAGGCCCUAGUGACAAGAUAUCAAACACAGAAGCGGAGGCCAGACGCUGGGGCAAGGAGCAAGCCUAUUUGACAGCCCUCACAAAACUCUACCGCCUGGAGCAGUACCCGGACAGCUAUGAGAGCAUGUCAGAGCCUCCUGUUGCUCACCUGGUACACCACAUGCUUCCCCGGGCCUUUGCUUUCCCUGUUGACCCCCGAGUUCAGUCAGCAGUAGACGAGAGUGCAGUGCAGCUGAGUGAGCUGCUGACGUUGCCUGUGCUUAUGAAGCGCUCCCUUAUGGCGCCUCUGGCUGCCCACGUCCGCCUGGUCAGCAAAGCCGCAGUUGACUACUUCUUUGUGGAGCUGCACCUGGAGACACACUUUGAGGCACUGCGCCAUUUCCUCCUGAUGGAAGAUGGAGAGUUCGCUCAGUCCCUUAGUGACCUGCUCUUCGAGAAGCUAGGGGCUGGGCAGACACCUGGGGAGCUGCUCAACCCAUUGGUCCUUAACAGCAUCCUGAGCAAGGCACUGCAGUACAGCCUCCACGGGGACACCCCGCAUGCUUCCAACCUGUCUUUUGCCCUCAAGUACCUGCCUGAAGUGUUUGCCCCAAAUGCCCCAGAUGUGCUGAGCUGCCUGGAGCUCAGGUACAAGGUUGACUGGCCCCUCAACAUCGUCAUCACCGAGAGCUGCCUGAACAAGUACAGUGGCAUCUUCUCCUUCCUGCUGCAGCUGAAGCUCAUGAUGUGGACACUCAAAGACAUCUGCUUCCACCUCAAGCGCACAGCCCUCGUGAGCCACACAGCUGGCUCAGUGCAGUUCCGACAGCUGCAGCUCUUCAAGCAUGAGAUGCAGCACUUUGUGAAGGUCAUCCAGGGUUACAUUGCUAACCAGAUCCUGCAUGUCAGCUGGUGUGAGUUCAGAGCCCGUCUAGCUGUGGUGGGUGACCUGGAGGAGAUUCAGCGGGCCCAUGCCGAGUACCUGCACAGGGCUGUUUUCAGGGGCCUACUGACAGAGAAGGCAGCACCAGUCAUGAACAUCAUCCAUAGCAUCUUCAGCCUGGUGCUCAAGUUCCGAAGCCAGCUCAUCUCUCAGAACUGGGGCCCGGCCACUGGCCCCCGUGGUGCCGAGCACCCCAACUUCCCCCUCAUGCAGCAGUCCUAUAGCACCUUCAAGUACUACUCCCACUUCCUCUUCAAAGUAGUGACCAAGCUGGUGAACCGAGGCUAUCAGCCCCACCUGGAAGACUUUCUGCUUCGCAUCAACUUCAACAACUACUACCAGGAUUCCUGAGGACAGACAGGACCAUGGCUGCAUUCCCAUUUUACCUGGAUGGGGCUAGGGCCAAGGCAGUGACCAGAGAUAGACCUGAAGAAGCUGUUUUAUUUAGGGGCCUGGGAGAUUCAACAGGUGUGAAGCCCUGCCCUUUGGGGCAAAAUGCACAGACAGGCCACAAGGCUUACUUACUUAGGCCCGUUUGCAUACUUAGAACCAUGAGACUGAUAUCCUAGCAGGAAGCACUAUGUGCUGAUGGCAUGUUGAAUGCUAGGCCAGGGCAGUACUGCUAAGGUAGUAUCAGACAGAGAUGGGUCAGGUUUUGACUGGAGACCUCUGCCGUCAUGGAGAGACUGAGGACAGGCAUCCCAGUGGUCUCAGCAACUCAGCAGCACUGGGGAGGCCUCGGGAGACUCCAGACAAGUGGAGGACACCGAGGCCUUUAUGAGGAUCAUGUUACACAGAGUUCUGCUGCCCAGAGGGGUGGCCUGCUACUGUAGGAAGAUUGCUCCUCAGUGCUCCUUGCCACUGCUUCAGGGCCUGUGGCCUCCUCUUCACUGUGGUAAGGAGACUCUAGCAGCUUCAGGACACGCCGCACCUGGAGAACAGGUGAAAAGAACUCGGUGAGCGCUUAUUUAAUGACAUGUCCAUGAGAGGAAGGGACAACAGCUAGUGUGUGCUUGCCUCUGAAAAGUCUCCAUUUUCAGCAGCUUCAAUGGCUUUCUGUGCAAUAUAGUUCCUCAGGACGUACUUGGGGUUGUUGGCACGCAUGACGCGUACACGUUCUGCCUGCCAGGCAGCAGUGUCUUCAACACCCUCCUUCUCCUUGUCCAGACGGUCUCUGGAAUCAAAAUCCUAGCUGGUUUUUCCCAACAAAGAACUUCAUGCCCUAUGCCCUCAAUUCAGGGCCAUCUGCAGCCCCCAUCUAAGGUGGCCAUUGUGUCAAGAUGCCAGUACAGAUGACCCCGGGAGCUGCCUACCUGUAGUCCUGAAGCCAGGCUUCCCAGUGGUCUCUGUUCUUGCUCUGCAGGUCAGAGGGGCUCAGCUGUUCUAGCCGUGACUGAUGCUCCACACGUUCUAGCUCCUUUGUGACAUUGGCUUGCGUACCAAUGAGUGCAAAGAGCUGUGGGUUCGACUGUGCAAGCAUCAGCAUCAUAGAGAGCUGCCUGUAAGGAGGGUGGCAUGGGAAGUAGCUCAGGUGCUGAGGCAACUUCCAAAUUGCUACACCCCACCCAGGGGACCAUCCGUCCUGGGUGUGUCUACAGAUGUCAAGUGUCGUUGCCUCUUGAUGGUUACUGCUCCUUUCCCCACUAAAGUCCUUUU